AUGUCCACUCUACGUCUUGCAACAGCUUUGAAUGUGCGGGCAUCCCAAAAUUUGACCAAUUCUCUCAGUGCCAGCAACAGAAAAUGGGCGGAUUCAAUCGACGAAGAAGCACUUGAAGACGAAAUCGGCAGGUUCCGCGUCUGGGCUGGAAACCUGGGCGCCCUACAAAAAGGCCAUAGCUCACUUGACUACAGGCUGCGAGACUCGCCAGUGUCAAAUACCAACACGCUAAAGCUUCUGAAAGAACUUGAGACCAACAUCACUGAAGCUUAUGCCGUUGUAUCUGGUGCUCGUCUACCGUAUGAAGAGCAGGCCGCCGCAGACACAGCCGAGGACGAUGACAACGACGACGGUUUCUUCAGCGAAGAAGAAUCAGAUGAGGAUGGCAGCUGCGAUGAGCCCAGAAGCGAGUUGAAAUUCCGCUUCAGAGAAAUCGUCGACAUCAUCGACAAUCUCUACAAGCUUAGCGUUCGCAUCAGGACUCCAGGCGUACGCUCCAGAUCACUGCGAGCAUCUUCUUAUACGCAAAAAGACCCAGACACUGGUGUAGACAUCUUAGACAUGUAUGCUGUACAAGAUCUCAAGCACGUUCGAGAACUAGUAUCUCACCUACGCCGUCCAUAUGCCGGGGAUGCGCAAGAAGAGCCCGACUUCUUGAUCACACGACUAGCUGCAUCCAUUACUCUUCGCAGGCGACAUUUCAAAUACUGGAAAAGACAUCGCGACAAAUUGCAUGCAUCUACGAUGUCGGAUGAUCUAGCUGUUGAUGCUGUCACACCACUUGAGACACCUGGUGUCGUUCCCACUGGCGAUCCACAAAACAAUCCUACGGCUCCUAUUAUUUCAGUGCCUAAAGAGGCGCCAAGUCAGAAAACUGGCAGGACACUUCUCUCAGGCACCGAGGUGACGCAGCUCCACCAGUCUUUGGACGACAUAGUAGACACCAAAUCGGUAACGAGCUACGCUGUGACGGUAAGAGAUGUCCACGGAAAAGGCGUCGAUCUGCCCCCGCCACCCAAAACCGCAAGCGGUAAUAAAGAUUUUGAAUGCCCGUAUUGUUGGAUCGUUUGCCCAGCAAGAUAUGGCAAGGGAAGAGCCUGGCGAAUGCAUCUACUUCAAGACCUGCAGCCUUACAUUUGUACGUAUCCCGAUUGCGAAAGCCCAGAACUGCUCUUUCGCAGCCGUAGAGAAUGGGCCGAGCACGAAGCGAGUCACCGCAGAGUGUGGAGAUGUCCUGAACAUCCAGCUGCCGUGUUCAGUUCCCAAGCGGGUCUGGAAAACCAUCUGCGCCAAAGACAUCUCGACAACUUCCCAGAGAGCCAGUUGGUCACCAUUGCCAAGGUUGGCGAGGCCACUACAGCAGAUACGCGAGCGAAAUGCCCAAUCUGCUGUGUCCCCGCGGGUACAAAUGAUCUGGGCGGUCUGCAGAACCACAUCGCGAACCAUCUCGAGCGAGUCGCAACGUUUGCUCUCCCUCACAGCAGAGAAGACGAUUCAGACGGCGCCAGUGGUAUUGCGAGCCGUGGUAGCACUAUGUCUCAAUCCCUUCCAGGUUCUUUGCCCGCAGGCUCAGUUCACGGAAAUGAUCAGGCAAACGAUGAUCAAUCUGCCUUACAGUCUGCCCAGUCCGACUCCGGCCGUGUGGCUGAUCUUGUUCACGAUCAAGAGGAACUGGAGACAAUGUUGGAACAGCUCAAUGAUACAAAAGAUCGAUAUCAAGAAGAUAUCACCCAUGUAGAAGGAAGACCGCCAAUCAUUCCAUUGAGUGAUAUUCCGACGCUCCGCUCAUUGUACCGUUCGCGGCGACUGUUACAGUCCGACCAGAGCUACUCAGCAAACGAUUCCUACAACCGAAUGAUUUCGAUUUGCUACUAUGAUUUGACAAGGCUUCAGGUGGACGCUAUUGUCAACAACGCCCCUGUAGAUUUGAGGCUUACCCCGUCCUCAGGGUUGUUACACCAUGCCGUAAUGGAAGGCGGAGGACCAAAGCUUCGAGAAGAGGUGAGGUCGAAAGUCCAAAUCUACCCAGGCAAAGUAGUCUUGACUCGUGGACACGAUCUCCCAGCAUCUUGGGUAAUCCAUGCUGCAGGGCCGACCUAUGUGGGGUCCAAGGGCGUCCAGCAGUUUGUUGUUCUCGGCGAUUGUUAUCACAAUGCCCUGAGAACAGCUGGCGAACUUGGAAUCAAGACAAUUGCCCUUCCUUGCUUGGGAGCUGGAGGCGGCGGUUUUCCAGCAGGAAUGGCUGCACGCAUCGCACUUCAAGCUGUUCGCGAGAACUUGGAUUCACAUCCUGAAGUCCGGUACGAACGUAUCAUCUUUUGCGUCAAGUCGGCAGUUGACGAGAAGGCCUAUAUGGAUUUUUUCCCGAUAUUUUUCCCACCAACACAUGGAGAUUUGGAUGUGGCGAGGAUUUCGAACAACUCCGGAAAUCACAUAGCGCUGAGUAAUCGGGUGCUGAACGCAUGGGCAGAGAUGCAAAGGGUAGCCAAGGCACUCGCCAGUGAAUUCGGUGCGUUUGUGUCAGAGCUCGAAAUCGAUCAACUCUAUGAGAUUGAGUCUGCACUAUCUUCGAUCCGCAAUCACUUACUGGAAUCCGAGCAGCUUGGAGAUAACCUCAAAGACCUCAACCUACUGUGUUCUGUUCUAAUGACUCUUUCUCACAACAUCACAAAAUUGACGGAGCGAGCAAAGAAAACAGAACCCACAGCCGAGAUACGCCGGGAGAUAUGGAACAAGGCAAACCGCAAUAUGCACGCCGUCCACGGAUCUGACCUUGGGCAGUUCUUGAGUUAUUGUUGGUACUUUGCAAAAAGUCUUGAUGAAGUCUUGACUCAAGACAAGCCAGAAUGGGAUAUGACCGAGGUGCGUCCAGCGCUCGAGAGUUACCGGGACAAGGAGAGAACGCAGGACGUUGCGGUCACUUAUGGUCCUUCAGAAGAAGCAAUAAAGGCACAGCAACCCACACCAAGUGCUUCUAGCAGCCGGAAUUUGGUGCAGCUACAUCAAAUCCGGUCUGUAGCCACACUCUACGAGGGUGGCACCAUCAAACGCAAGCCCACCAUGGCGCAGUCUUCUGCCGCCUUCAAUCAAACGAUCCACUAUAUAAGAGAGGACAUUACCAAGCUUAUGGUCGACGUCAUGGUCAACUCCACCGACACAUCCUUUCUAGGCAUGGGUACUCUGGAUCGCAGCGUUUUCAAGAAGGGCGGACCCGAGCUGCAGGAAGAAGUCAAGAAGCUCGGCCCCUGCAAAGAAGGCGACAUUAGAACGACCCCAGGCUACCUUUUACCAGCCAAGCACAUCAUCCACGUCAUCCCGCCCGAGUCUUUUGGCAAGAAUACCAAGAACAUCCUGCGCAACAUUUACCGCGGAAUCCUGCACACAGCCACCUUUCUGGGCGCCAAAUCAGUCGCCAUACCCAGUGUGGGCACGGGCAUGCUCAACUACCCGCGCCGCGACUGCGCGGCCCUUGCCAUGGAAGAAGUGCGCCGUUUUCUGCAGUCGAGAGACGAGGGUGGCCUGGAGAAGAUUGUUUUUGUUGUUUACUCGUACAACGAUGAGUCGGCGUAUAAGAGCCUCCUGCCUGUUUAUUUCCCGCCGACAGAGGAAAAUGUGGCGGUAAAAGUGGACGACCGCACUGUGGAAACGGGUAAGAGUGUUGUGGAUCGGGUUUCUACUGUUUCUCAGGCCAGCUCGAUUGAGGAUGUUGCUCUGAAUGUACCGGAUGAAGAGCCCCAGACGCCGGUACAAGGGGAGGACUCGCCUGUGGAAAUGAAUGAGAGUGGUGUAGCGGAACCAAUUCUCACUGAAGCUUCCCAGUCCGACUCCACGCAGGAUGUUGUUCAGAACACACCAACUGGAGAGUCUCCAACAUCGAUACAAUUGGAGGAUCCGCCGGCUGAUAUGCAAAAGAGUGUUGUACCGGGCUCAAUUCCCACCGAGUUUCCGCAGUCCAGCUCAAUGGAGGAUGCUGCCCAGAACAUACCAGCCGAAGAAGAACUUCAAACGCCGAUCCAAGCCCAAGUUUCCAUCAUCCGAGACUCCAAGAUGGCCACAGGCUGGGGCCCUAUUUCCGAAGCCCCCUGCAUUAUCCAAGUUGUCGAGAAUAGAGUCAAUAUGUAUGAGAAAAACCCGUCGUCGCAACGAAUCGCGCCAGGCAGCAAGCCCGUCGCGUCGUUUGACAUUAUGUCUCGUAGCAGAUGGAUCCGAACGAGAUCUAACCGGAGUAUACUUGUCAAGGUUCGCAGAGUGGCGGAGCCGCUGGAUGAUAGGGUUGAUGUGGUGUUCGAGUUUCAGUAUACCAGUGAUGCGCGUGCGCUUUCGACCGUUUUGGAACGCGCUAUCAAGAGUAUUGAGGCAGACGAAGCAACCGACGCGAAAGACGACGACAACAACAAACGCGAGGAGGCGAGCGAAGAGUUCAAGAGAGCCUUGGAUCCAGAUAUCCCUGUUCUUUCUCGUCAUCGCCCGGAAUGGGAACACGUGGACGAGAGAAGCGUUUCCCCACAACGAGAUGCCUUCAAGACUGGAGAAGACCAGGAAUACAAAAGUGCAGAAUAUGAAGUGGCGAAGCAGAAUUUGGAACGAAUGAGUAAUUGGGAUCAAGGACAUGGGAAAUAUCCAAGUGCAGAGGAAAUAGGCUUGGACGAAGCCAUUAUUCGCGAACGUCUCCGCCGUAUGCGUCGCCCGUCUUUCGAUGCAAAACGCGCAGCUCUAGGACAGCUGCGUUUGGCACUCGAUGAAGAUGGAAUUGAGGAUGUGGAAGAGAAACGGCAAGAAAAAGGGACCCCGGAUUUGUCUCCAGCAGCUGCCAGCGAACAAGAUACCACUUCAUCAUCGCAACCAGCACCAGCACAUCAGUAUCAUGAUCAGUCACAAGAACAACCACAACAACCACAACAAGAACGAGGAGAACACCAAGAAAAAGAAACAAAACUCACCCAAAUCCUCACCCACCUAACCACAGACCUACACACCCGCCCUACAUCCUACAUCGGCACCACCACCACCGCCAUCGCCUCCGCACUCGCCCUCGACACAGCAUCUACAGCCGCGUAUCUCGCUGACCUCGCCGCGCGCGGCCUGGUGCAUAAUACCGUUGAUGCGAACACGUGGGUGGUUUCGCGGGAGCAGGGUCAGAUUCCUGUGUUGAGGCCUGCUGGUGGUGGUGGUGGUGGUAUGUAG